CGGGACAACAUGGCGGAUCACCUCAGGCAGCUGCCUCCUUCCAAGAACGAGCCGUCCGAUUGGUCCUAGGGGCCCCGCUAACCGGCCAAUGGGAGGAGGAGACCGCCGGAAGUGCCGCCCGGAGGGGGAGGGGGGCAAGAUGGCGGAUCGCCUCACGCAGCUGCAGGACGCCGUCAACUCGCUGGCCGAUCAGUUUUGUAACGCCAUCGGCGUCCUGCAGCAGUGCGGCCCUCCCGCCUCCUUCAGCAACAUUCAGACGGCCAUUAACAAAGAUCAGCCCGCGAACCCCACCGAAGAAUACGCCCAGCUCUUUGCAGCCCUGAUUGCGCGAACGGCUAAGGACAUCGACGUGUUGAUCGACUCAUUGCCCAGCGAAGAAUCGACAGCAGCUUUGCAGGCCGCCAGCUUGCACAAGCUGGAGGAUGAGAACCACGAGGCGGCCACCUGUUUGGAAGACGUGGUGUACCGGGGGGAUCUGCUCCUGGAAAAGAUCCAGAGCGCGCUGGCCGACAUCGCCCAAUCCCAGCUGAAGACGCGGAGCGGCCCUCACAGCCACGCCGUGCCGGACUCCUAGCCGGGGGCCACCACCGCUGGCCCCUUGAACCCUCCAAAUCCGGCCUCCGACUUGGAGCGGCGGCAACCUCGGCUCCAUUCCCGGGAUCGGCAAGCCCCGUGACGGCCGACGGACGGAUCGAUCGGCUAAUCCCGACGCUUCCCGGCCGUGUGGAUGGAGCGGUCUUAUAAAACGCAAAAAACAGUC